CCCUCCCUCCCUCCCUGUUCACCUUGGCUGUUCUGCCUGUGUGGUUUAUUAUUGCAUCAGAGCCGGAGAGGAAGCAUGCCGGGGGAGAGCACUGAGCGAUCUGUUCCCGCAGCGAGGCACCAGGAGCAGGGGGACGAGGCCACACGACUCCCUGGAGCAGACAUGACGAGACAUCCCUCCACUGACUCCAUGCCUAGCGACAGUGGCUCCACUCCUAGCGACAGUGGCUCCACUCCUAGCGACAGUGGCUCCACUCCUAGCGACAGUGGCUCCACUCCUAGCGACAGUGGCUCCACUCCUAGCGACAGUGGCUCCACUCCUAGCGAUAGUGUCUCCACCCCUAGCGACAGUGGUUCAAGCCCGUUUCCAAGAACUCCUCAGAAGCCACUCCCUAUGUGCGACUCCCCUUUUGGGCCACGUCUACUUCGUGCCACUCCCGGUCACUCUGUGACCCUACGACCCCAGCCGGAGGGCUCUGACUAUCGCCACAGCAACAAAGCCAGACUCUCCGGGAGGCUGGGGGGUCAUGGGCCCUGUGGCCGCCACAUACCUGGGAAGAUGGAAAGAAUCAAGGUUCUGACUGGCUCUGAGGUGGAAAGUGACUACAAGGAGCCAGAAACCAUGGUGACAAGGGUGGUAAUGGGCCAGGAGACCUUGCUCAAGACGUCUGAGAUCCAGAAAGGGAAAACUCAGGGGCCGUCUAGUUCACAAGCUAUACCCCUGCCUGGAGUCCCAGAUGCUGCAGCCCCUCAGAUCACCCCAACGACAGACACCCAAAUGGACACUGCAAAGAAAGAGAGCCAACGCCAGAGCCCAACGAGCGGGGAGGCUCAGCUAAAAGGGCCGGCGCAACCUCCAAACUCAUUCCCUUCCCCUCUCCUCAAAACCCUCAUCCCUGAUCCCUCCUCAUCCGCAGAAUUCGUCACAGCCGGUGACAUUUUGAUAGACAACCCAGGGGAGGGAUGCACCCCCUCUCAGAAUGAAGUGCCUUCCGCCUCUUUUCCUGAGCUUGCCUAUCCAGUGGUGUUGUCCUUUUCUGAGCCAGCUUAUAUUGUUGACCCACUAAGAGUGGGUGUGCCCACGUUCCUCGACCCUGAUCCUUACUACACUGCCCCCUCCACUCCCAUCAAGGCGACCGCCCGCCACUCCAACAUGAAGCACCACUCUUACCCCGGCUCCCCUGUCUACCCCCUCUCCCCUGGCUCCCCCUCAGACAGCGAGGAGUUGUGCUCACCUCUCACCUCUCCCUCUGGCUCCUACGUCACAGCAGAAGGAGGUAGCUGGACCUCCUCCUACACCUCCUCCACGUCCCCUUCUCCCAACCUCCUGUUCACCGAGGAAGCCUCGGAGGCCCCCGCCUGCUUUGUGAGCUCCCUGUCAGAGAUCGGCGACGAGGCCGGGGAGGAGCGCUCACGAGGACGCGCCGAGCGGGAGCAGGAGCAUGAGAGAGGAGAAGCCUUCUGCUUGUACACAUCUGAGAUUUUUGGUAGGAGUUCUCGGUUAUCAGACACAGUUAUUCUGGAGGAGGAGGAUGUGGGGAGAGGGGAGGAGGUGGGGAGAGGGGAGGAGGUCCAGGGGUCCAGUGGUUGCUCACAUUCAGUGGUUUCUCACAGCCAUUGGAUGGUGGAGGACGUAUCUCCUCGCAGGAGCAGUAGUGGGCGGAGCAGCGACUCCCAAGAGGAUGUAGUCAGCUCGGAAGGAUUGCUCUGUCUGCUGGAAGAUGCUCAUGUGAGACGCGCGGAGUACCCAGCUACCCUACCCCAGGAAGGCCUUGAGCUGCAACUAGAGGCUUGUGGGUCAGACGAACAUUAUUCAUACAUAGAGCAGUUAACCAUGGUGAGGGUCAGGCAACUAGAGCAAGCCUCCGAUGUCUUGGGCACUGACACAGAUACCGCCACCCCUUGCUCUGCUAGUAUCAGCCACAGCGCUCCCCUUCUCGAGGCCUUUGGUGACAUUGAAUCCAAUUCUUCUAUGCUCUUCCCAGGAGCCUACACUAAUGAUGAGUCCGAUGAGGACAGGAUGAUUCCGGCCUCACUGCUGUCCUUCCCUCUUCACACAAGCCUUAUCUUUCAGGCUGACUCCAUGGAAAUCACCCUCUUCCCAACAGAAGAGGAGACCGAAGUAGAAGAAGUGAAAAAAGACAAUGAAGAAAAGGAUGUGGAUGCUUAUGCUGCUGGCGAGGAUGAAGCCGAUGUUGAAGAUGUUGACGACGAUGACGAUGAUUCUGAAGAGGAAGAAGCUGCUGAGGCUAAGGUAGAGGAGAAGGUGGCAGAGGAGGAAGAUGACGUGGAUGUGGCUGAAGAGGAGUGUGAUGGUAAAGCAGUGGAGGAUCCAACAGAGGAAGACACAUCUGCUUCUUUCCUUCAUUCGUUAUCGGAGACAUCCAUCAACGAGGGCCUGGAUGAGUCAUUUUGUUAUCCAGAUGACACAGAUGACUCAUUAGAUUCUGCUUCAUACAACGGCGAGGAGGAUGAGCGCCUGUACAGUACAGAGAGGCAUGCCCAGUCACCCGAGCCCAGAUGUUUAGAUGCAGUAAACUGCAUUAACUUGCAACCAGAAGCUGGGCAACAGCCUGCCAGUGUUCCAGCUGAGCCCUUUGAGGGACAAAUUUGCCCCAAACUAUCUCAUCACAUGGAACCACCCCAUAGCUCUGAACCUGUCCCUGAUCAACCACCAUCUUCUCACAGCCCAAGUGGAAGUGAAAGUGACAUGGAGAUCUCUUCUGGGCUGUCAGACUCCCUUAGCCAGCCUAAAGAUGUCUGUGGUUCCACUCCUGUUGCCAACCCUCCUGUCGAUUCUGCUUUAUGUCAUGAAGCUGCUCCUAAUUCUGCUAAUGUUUGUUUUCAAACUAUUUCCUGCCCUUUGGUCACAGUUCAAAAGUAUACAACAGAGCAACCCUAUCGAAGUCUGGCUCUGGAUAUCAGACCAGAAGCAACUGUUACAGAGAUAAAAGAGCAAUCACUGCAUGAAAACAUUACGGCAGAGAGGGACCAGCAGAGAAGUGGUAUGUCUGAGGAGGAGUCCACAGAUGAACUCGAGGGAGACUCGUUUAAAUUGCUCAUCAAGCCUCGACAUUCUCAGUUUAAAAGCAAACAAUCUGCCAGGAUAGCAAGACCUUUGUCAUCCAAAUCAGAGACUCAGAAAAGUCCCACAUCUGUUAGGGCAGUAAUAGCCAUAAGUGUACCCAUCGUGCAGACGGAGCAUGGGGAGCUUGAGCUUGACCAACAAAAUGGAAAUGCUUUAGCUGAGGGUGUGAGUCUGAUGGGCGAAAGUUCGGAGGGAACUAGCCUUUCUGUGAAAACAGGGUCGCCGACCGCCGCCACCAAUGACUUGAAUAAGGGUGUCCCUCUUCUUUCCUAUCCCAAGGACCCAAUUCCUAACCCCAGUAACAUCCCCAUAUCUGCCUGCUCAGAGGUUGUUUCAGAUCCACCGGACAACCUGGUCCUGAACCCCUGCCCCUGUGACUCGGCCCAGGAGAACCUGAGGGAGAACACGCUGAGUGCUGAGGAGGGUGGUACAGGAGCUCAUGGUUCUCCACACACACCGCUCGCUAUCUCGCCCAAGAGAGAGAACUCAGAGACCACCUCAGCAAGGGUGAUGGACUCUGCAGCUGUGGCAUGGGGUUCCGACUGCAUGGGGCUGAGCUUAGGUCUGGGACUAGGGCCCGGGGCAACACUCGGGGCCUUUGGAGUUGUGGGGUCACUCUCUCUUUCUCUGGGGAAGAGCUAUGAGCUAGAAGAGGCAGAGAGCCUGCUCAUGUGCAACAUAGAAGGACAGAGUACACAGAUGGCAAUGGCACCCGACCUACCCGACAUUAACUCUGGAGAAAAUGAGAAUGAUGGUGAAGGAGAUAAAGAUAACAACAGUGCUUUGUGGAAGAGAGAGGGGAUGGCAGAUGUGGAGCUCAUAGAUGAGGGAGCCCCUGAAUCAAAUUUGUCACACUGGAGAUCAAUCGAAGAGAUAUCAGAGGCAGGGGGUGGAGAGGAUGGCAGCUCCAGAUUCCUGGAUGAUAAUGUCAGUAAUCUAAACCCAGUCGAUGAAGGAAAAAACAAAGAUGCACAAGAUCAGGGCAACACGUCGGCUUUCAAUUCCUUAGAAAUGCCAGUUAGUGGGACUUUGAAUGCCUUGUCAGAGGAAUUAAGGCCUCUGAACACGAGUGUCAGUGUGACUGAGUCCACUUCAAAUAUUCCACUCAUUGAUAUGCCAACACCAAAUGAAACACACGUGAACAGAAGGCCAAUUGACAGCUUUUUAAACCUAUCUGAAACAGAGGAUGGUUGUGAUAGUCCCUGUAACAUUUCUGCACUGGGUUCUGACGUGUCUAUUGUGGGCCAACUGCCCAGUUCACCAGAACUGAUCGACUCUAGACGCCAAAAUAAUACAGUGUCCCCCUCAGCCUCUAAGGAGAUUGAUAUCGCCCUUUCUCUGAUUGGCGGAUCCUUUGGUUCCUUCACUUCCAAACCAAAGUUAAAUCAAUCAAAACCUGCUAGGAGUUGUCAAGAAAAUGCUUCAUCAGUUUUGGGAAAGGAUGAGGAGGAAAAUAUAGGGCCUCUGUUGAAUCCAGUUGUAAUAAAACUACAGUUGGAAGUCCAAAGAGAAGUAGAUGUCAGUUGUUUGACUUCCAGUGAUAUCAACCAAACAAAGACUCAAAAUGCCUUUGAAGAUGGGGAGACUUGUGUCUAUACAUCAGGAGAGAGAGAUAAGGUGGAAUCCAAAAAUGGAGAGAAAGAAAGGAAGAAUGAGCUAGAGGGGGAGAAAGAGGUGAUUGAGGAGAAAAGGGAGUGUGAAAAUACAAGCAAAGAUGGGGAGAAAAUGGAGCAAAACAAGACAAAGAAUGAAAUGGAGAAACAGAAAAGAAAAAGCCAACAGAGGGCAGCAAAUAAAGAGAAGGACAAUGGGAAUGUUUCCCCAGAAGAUUUCGAGGCCUCUCAAUGUAACACCCAUCACGAGCCUUGUGCUGAUCCACCAGUCAACACCAAGAAUGGACAAAAAGGGAGGCAGGGCAAACACAAAGCAUCCCAGCCAGCCACACAUGCAGACACAUGCUCCCAGGCCGGUCCUGUUCCACCGGAGUGUGUUGUUUCAGCAACAUCAGCAGCUGGGGGCCAAACAAGGGGGCUUGCUCAUUCUAAAUCUAAGAAAGGACGUAAGCAAAACAAGAUGUCCAUGGCAUCGGACAACAAGCAGACAGUACCUGCAAAAGUUGAAGCUGAAGGGAAUCAGAACAGAACAGACCCUUCCAGCUCUAGUCCUGAUGAGUGCAUUUUUAGCCUUGGAAACAGCAUAUCUCCCAUGCGUGCCCAAGACAAACUCCAUGAUUUAGCAUCAAGGAACCACUCAAUGCAGAAACAGGAAGUGCUUGAUAACAGGCCAUUACCGAGGGGAAGCCCCAAGGAUAUUAAUGAAAAUAACACUAGCAGCUCUACCACUCGGGCGCUCACAUCCUCUUCCAGCCGUCUCUCUUCUUCACCACCACCUCUCUCUUCCUCCCAUCGGCCAUGCAGCUCCUUGCAUCCAGAAGAUGAGCUCAACACCCAGGAGUCCCAUCACGGCCUCCCCUCAUUGACUCAGAAUGGAGAUCAAAUUCCUGUCAGUAACACCGGGGUUAACCUACCCUCUUGCCCUCCUCCAAUUAUUUACAACAAAAACAACAAGAACAACAACCUUCAAAAGCAAAGGCAUUCCACACCAACAACAUCUAGCAGUCCCAGUGUCUCUGCUGCCCCUUCUUCUGUUGCUCUUUCGCCUCUCAGUCUGUCCAAGCCCACCCAACAGUCUCCGUGUGGAUAUCUGGAUCAGAAGGAGUUCUUUCUGCCUUCUCAAACCGGCCCGCCACCCCAGUCUGAGGGGGCUGCUCUGCCCGGUCACCUGGCCAGGCGUGCUGUGCCUUGGAGUGGAAGAGACACAUACAGAGGUUCCCGUCUUGUUAUGGACACAGACAGUGAAGAGGACGUAGCUCUUCCUCAAGAUCACAGAAUCCAGGCCAAAGGGACUGCUGGAAGCCGGCAUAGUUCAAGGCAUAAAGAGUGUGAAUCAUCCAACCACAUGGAAAUUCAGCCCUUUUCUCAACAGUUGAUUACAGACAGACAGCCUUGCUGUCCAAUCAGCAGCCGACACAAGUUUUCAGAAGAAAUCCUCCAGUCCUUCAAAAAUAAUUUGGGCUCCUGUAACGACUCAGAGACUGAAGGCUCGGUGCCAGAGCUGGAGGGUCCAGAGACGACGCCAUGCAGACCCUCACAGCCCCAGUCCAUGUCCCCCAUCGACGAAGGGUUAAACAGACCCAAACAGAGUCGCAGUGAGAAGAAGGCCCGCAAGGCCAUGUCCAAGCUGGGUUUGAAGCCAGUUCAUGGUGUGACCAGGAUCACCAUCAGGAAGUCUAAGAGCAUCCUGUUUGUCAUCAGCAGACCAGACGUGUUCAAAAGCCCGGCCUCUGACAUCUACAUCGUAUUUGGAGAAGCCAAGAUUGAGGACCUGUCCCAGCAGGUCCAUAAAGCUGCUGCUGAGAAGUUCAAGGUGCCUGUGUCCUCCUCCCCGCUGGCCCCCCCCGCCCCGCCCAGCGUGGCCAUCAAGGAGGAGAGUGAGGAGGAAGAGGAGGAGGAGGUGGACGCUGGAGGCCUGGAGCAGCGGGAUAUCGAGCUAGUCAUGGCUCAGGCCAACGUGUCGCGGGCCAAGGCCAUGCGCGCCCUGAAACACAACAACAACGACAUUGUCAACGCUAUCAUGGAAUUGACCAUGUGAGUGGGUAGGAUAGUGGGGGUCCUGAAGCCCCACUCUCCCCCUACUUAAGCCUAACGCCACUCCCCCUGUAUCGCUGCUAUGUUGCAUCCUUAGUACCUGCUCAAUAAAGUCUGUGAGAACCUGU